AUGGCUGCUCCUUUCAAGAACAUUGCUAUCACUGGCGCCAACGGCUCCGUGGGCAAGGUUGUCCUCAAAGCCCUUCUCGACGCCGGCAAUUUCAACAUCACUGUCCUCCGCCGCAACAACUCUAGCUCAACCUUCCCCGACAGUGUCAAGGUCGUCGACGUCGAUUUUGACUCUGUCGACUCUCUGACUGCAGCUCUCGCCGGCCAGGACGUUGUAGUGUCUACCGUUGGCUCGGAAGGUCUUAACAACGAGCAGAAGAAGCUCGUCGACGCCGCCGUCGCUGCCGGUGUCAAGCGUUUCCUGCCCUCCGAGUACGGCUGCGACCUGAGCAACGAGCUGGCCGCCAAGCUUCCCGUUUUCGCGCACAAGAUCGAGGUGGAGAAGUAUCUCGAGGAAAAGGCCAAGACGACGCCUCUCACAUACACAUAUGUCUACAGCGGCCCGUUUUUGGACUGGGGUCUGCAGUACGAUUUCAUCUUCAAGAGCACGGGUUCCAAGCCUGAUCUGUAUGAUGGUGGUGACACCGCGUUCAGCACCUCGACAUUGGAGACCGUCGCCCAAGCUGUUGUCGCCAUCUUGUCUAAGCCCGAGGAGACCAAGAACCGGGCAGUGCGAUUCCAGAGUGUGGUGACUACGCAGAACCAGCUGCUUAAGCUGGCGAAGGAGAUUGAGCCUGAGCGAGUCUGGCAGCCUCAGGCAGUGAAGCUGGACGACAUUACUCGUGUUGCGGAUGAGAGAUUGGCCAAGGGACUCUAUGACAUCCAGACAUUUGCGCCUUAUAUUCUUCGCGCUGUCAAUGAUUCUCGAUAUAGCCCGACUUUUAAGAAUUUGGAUAACGAGCUGUUGGGAUUGAAGCAGUUGACGGAGGCAGAGCUUAAAGAGAUUGUGAAGGCCAGCCUCAACAACUAG